UGCCAUUUAACACCCGAAUGAGCUCACACAGUCUUCACUUACACGCACACACAUAAAAAGUCUUGAAAAUAUGCGCCAGAUUACUAAAAACAACUAUUUAUGGUGGAUCCUUUUACUGUCCGCCACAUUUCAUCACAGUUCACAAGCCGCAAAUUACUUACCAAUUGGCGUUAAUGGUGCUCCCACAGAGUCAGCGCGCAUGGCUAUUGCAUUGCCACAAGGUUUCAAACCUCAAGCGCCACCCAUAAAGCCAAUGCUUUUUCCCUUUGUGACACCGACGCCCAGUAGUCCGUCUGGCGGUUGGAAGCCUAUAGUUGGUAGUGCUGUCCUCCCGCCACCACCAUUAGCGCCACCGCCACUUGCAACGCUACAGGAUCGUAUCGAUAAAACGUCGCCGGGAGAAAAUAACGCGCCCAUAGAAGGUCCGCUGCUAGAAACGAUUGUAUAUGGCACAUGGAAACCGGAGCCGCCGCUAAGCCCGGACGAAAUACAUUCGCCCACCAGACGACCCAGUGCCACACCCACAACGCAAAACAGUGUUAGAAAACCAACUACAGCUUCACUUGAAGACCUCGGCUUACAACAUCCGUUACCUAACUUGCAUACUGAUGAGGUGGAGCUAAUACAGAAAAAUGGACGUAGACGCAUUGUAACGGCCCAUGCACAACCGACCGCUACAACGCCGCUAAAAGCCGUAAUUGUGAAUAUGUCUGAUCCAAGUUUAUUUGAAAUGGCCAAACAAAUAAAUAACUCACUUGCUGGCAUAACGUCAUACCCCACUCAAAAGCCAAAAAUCAAAGUAUUUAGCCAGAACACUGAAGAAAUUUCAGGAUACCCAGCGUUUGAAGAAGAUUCUGAACCGGAAUCCAACACAGACAAUAUAGACCUCGAUGCUAGUAAAGUUUGGCCAACAGAUUUUAUAGCUUCAUUGGAAAGAGGCAGCAAACCGAAUUCGACACAAAAUUUUAAUAUCAGUUUUAUCGGCGAUAGCUCUGAUCCGCCUCAGGCUCUGAAUGGCCUAAGCAUACCGAGUUCUUUGUUACCACAGAUAUCACUGAACAUUACCAAAGUGGGUGUGCCCUACGAGAAGCAAAGUUCUGCCGAAGAGCUAACCCUUUGUGUACCUCUUACCGUACUAGAACAAUUGAGUCGAGAUGUGGUGAUGGAAGUGGAAAGAGUUUAUUGCUUUCCUUUACCGUCAACUCAUACGGGAGCUCCUAAGCCGAAAAGUGUGACCGCAAAAGUGGAGAAUUUUACUGAAUAUGAAGCGGUGAGUGCGGCAAAGAGUCUUUGUUGGGAUUAUGCACACAUUUCUAGCUUAAGUUUGAUUAUACUAUUUUACCAAAAACUGAAAUAUUCGUGA